UUUGCUUGGCUAAUGGGGACCAGGUCGGGAGCCCUGAAAGGAAGCUGCUGCCAUUGGCCAGGAUGAAGAUGAGACGCUACAAGCUCUUUCUCAUGUUCUGUAUGGCCGGCCUGUGCCUCAUCUCCUUCCUGCACUUCUUUAAGACCCUGUCCUAUGUCACCUUCCCCCGAGAACUGGCCUCCCUCAGCCCUAACCUCGUGUCCAGCUUCUUCUGGAACAAUGCCCCCGUCACGCCCCAGGCCAGCCCCGAGCCGGGGGGCCCAGACCUGCUGCGGACCCCCCUCUACUCCCACUCACCCCUGCUGCAGCCGCUGUCACCAAGCAAGGCCACCGAGGAGCUCCACAGGGUGGACUUCGUGCUGCCCGAGGACACCACCGAGUAUUUCGUGCGCACGAAAGCCGGGGGCGUCUGCUUCAAACCAGGCACCAAGAUGCUGGAGAAGCCGCCGCCGGGGCGGCCGGAGGAGAGGCCCGAAGCGGCCAAUGGCUCCUCGGCCCGGCGCCCGCCCCGGUACCUGCUAAGUGCCCGCGAGCGCGCGGGGGCCCGGGGCGCGCGGCGCAAGUGGGUGGAGUGCGUGUGCCUGCCGGGCUGGCACGGGCCCAGCUGCGGCGUGCCCACCGUGGUGCAGUACUCCAACCUGCCCACCAAAGAGCGGCUGGUGCCCCGCGAGGUGCCGCGCCGGGUCAUCAACGCCAUCAACAUCAACCACGAGUUCGACCUGCUGGACGUGCGCUUCCACGAGCUGGGCGACGUGGUGGACGCCUUCGUGGUGUGCGAGUCCAACUUCACGGCCUACGGGGAGCCGCGGCCGCUCAAGUUCCGAGAGAUGCUGACCAACGGCACCUUCGAGUACAUCCGCCACAAGGUGCUCUACGUCUUCCUGGACCACUUCCCGCCCGGCGGCCGGCAGGACGGCUGGAUCGCCGACGACUACCUGCGCACCUUCCUCACCCAGGACGGCGUCUCGCGGCUGCGCAACCUGCGGCCCGACGACGUCUUCAUCAUCGACGACGCCGACGAGAUCCCGGCGCGCGACGGCGUCCUCUUCCUCAAGCUCUACGACGGCUGGACCGAGCCCUUCGCCUUCCACAUGCGCAAGUCACUCUACGGCUUCUUCUGGAAGCAGCCGGGCACGCUGGAGGUGGUGUCGGGCUGCACGGUGGACAUGCUGCGCGCCGUGUACGGGCUGGACGGCAUCCGCCUGCGCCGCCGCCAGUACUACACCAUGCCCGCCUUCCGCCAGUACGAGAACCGCACGGGCCAUAUCCUGGUGCAGUGGUCGCUUGGCAGCCCCCUGCACUUCGCGGGCUGGCACUGCUCCUGGUGCUUCACGCCCGAGGGCAUCUACUUCAAGCUCGUGUCCGCCCAGAACGGCGACUUCCCCCGCUGGGGCGACUACGAGGACAAGCGGGACCUCAAUUACAUCCGGAGCUUGAUCCGCACGGGCGGCUGGUUUGACGGCACGCGGCAGGAGUACCCGCCCGCCGACCCCAGCGAGCACAUGUACGCCCCCAAGUACCUGCUCAAGAACUACGACCAGUUCCGCUACCUGCUGGACAACCCCUACCUGCAGCCCAGGAGCACGGCGCAGGGCGCGCGGCGCCACGGGCUUCCGGAGGGAAGGCCACCCGCCCGCGGCAAAUCGGACGAGGUUGAAGGCUAAGGCUGCGUGAUUUACAGGCCCCGUGGCAGGGUGCGGGGUGGUGGCCACCCCUAGAAUUAUCUCCCUGUCUCCUUCUGCCGGCUGGGCUUGGUGGUUCUUGAGAGGACCAGGAGUGGGUGGGUGGGUGGAUGGGGCGUCCCCUGCUCAAGCCCUUGUGAAUGGAGGGUCAGGCCUUUGAGCGCAAAACGCGGAGUGGGACAGGCUGAGACACCUGCUCAGCCCUCUUGCCCGCCAAGAGUGCCGUGGCCGGAAGGUGCUGCUGGGGAGUGCACCGUGGUCGCGGGGCAGAAGGGUGGGGGAAGGGAUCCUGCAGGAACUCUCCAGAGCGCCCAUGGGGGCGUGGCCUGCCCGGGGAGGAGCCCACCAUUGGUAUCCUGGGGCUUUGGACCUGCAGGGGGGGAAGGGCAUGCCAGGAGGGCUAGGGGCUCUGUAAAUAGAUGCAUUUGGGUCCAGGAGCAAGAGGGGACACCUAGGAAGGAAGGAUGACAAAUGACAUCCAACUGAGAGGAAGUGCUGGUGGAUGCUGUGCAGUGUUAUCAGAGGUGCUGGGCUGGAGGGAGAGGAGAGCCUUGGGGCACACCCUGCCCCAAAGGACACGACACAGCUGCACUGGGAGGCUGAUGCCUGAGUCUGUCUCUGUGCUCCUGGCCCUUAGGAACUGACAUAGCACAGGGCCUGGGGAACCCUGGAGAGUCUUCCUUUGGGUUCCAAAACUGGCCUUGACAUUCCUUCUUUUUAUAUUGCUGUCUUGUGAGAGCCCAUUCAGUCCUUACAGGGCCAGGAGUGCAGGUGUAGGUGGCACCUGGGGGGGGGGAGAAAGGGGGAAACUGACAGAAGGCCCCUGCAUCGAUCCACCCCUUCCUCCCCAUCACCCCUUCCUGCUGGCACCCACAGCCCCAGCUCUCCACCCUCCCAAGUGGGAUCACUCUUGUGCCCCUCCUUGAGAAUGGCUAGAGGCCUGAAAGGGCCCUCAAGGCUGUCCAGGGCCCAAGAAGGGACAUUAAGGCCAGUUGUAUGUCAUACCAUUCCUCAUAGUUUGCCUUGGGUGGGGGUGUAUUUGUUGGAGUAGGGUCUAAGCUGCUGUAAUUAAGAGACCCUGAAAUACAGUGGUUUAUGCAAGACAGAAGCUUAUUUCUAAUUAAAUUGUCUAGAGGAAGAUGGUGCAGAGCUAGUAGGGCAGCUCUGCUUUCCUUCAUACACACCUUGAAUUCUGGACAGAGUGGCCACUCCACCUCCCACCAUCCUGUGUGCAUCCAACCCCGCGGGAAGCAGAGAUAGGCAAGGAAGGCGCACCCCUUUCCUAUUAAGGGCAUGAACCAGAAAUGGCACUGUCACUCUGAUAGCAUCUCAUUGGCCAGGCCUCAGUCACAUGGCCACAAGCAGCUGCAAGGGAGACUGGGAAGUGUAGUCCAGCUGGGCUGCCAUGUGCCAGCCUCAACCUGGGAGUCCUCUUAUUAACAGGGGAGAAGAGAAUGGAUCCAGGAGACAAGUAGCAUCCCUGGGGGAGGGGGAGGGGAGGUGGAGGAAUGACUGUUUCAGCCGUUGGAUCCUGCUCUCGUCGGAGCUGGAACACCUGCUCCUGUUCCUCUCGCUGUGCCAGCCCAGGGCCGGGGUGCAGUGGGAGCUGCAGCUGUGUGGGAAGGGAACUCCCUCUCCCCCGCCCGCUCACGCGUUACCCGGUGACGCAAUGUGCGGGGUCUGCCUGUGGAAUGGUACAUGUCUGUGGGUGUGUGUGUAUAUUUAUGGGCAUGGGUGCAUGCUUGGUGUGUAUUUGUACAUGUCUGUAUCGCUGUGUCCCUGUAACUAUAAGUUUGUGUGGGGACGUGGGAGCCCAGGCCCAGGUGUCCUCUUCCCCAGGACCUGGGGCCUGUGGCCACACCUCCUGCAGCUCCCCAAAAUGACUGAGGCAUUAAGCCCUUGGGGAGCCCAGAAAGCAAGGCUAAAGGAGAUGCAGGGUCUGUCUGUCUGUCUUUCAGUCUGAGGAAUGGGAACCCUCCCGACCUGAGGGCCAUGCAGCUGAGAGCCCACUACCUCCCCAGCCCCUCUCGGUCCCCACCCCACACCUCCAGUGAGGCUUUUUCUGGAUGUCUUAUUGGGAAUUCCUGAUGGUUUGGACAGGAGGCUGUCCUAUGCCACCGCUCCACCUGGGGGGAGUGCCUGGCGCAGGUGUGGUGUGGGGAGCCGGCCUCGGAGCAGCCUCUGGUGGGCAGGCAUGCAGCAGGCUGAGGGGCUGUGUGGCUCUACUCUUACUCCUGUCUAAGGGAUCCCCCGAGUGAACCCCUCCUUUGAAGUCACAGCAGCCUUCCUCUCUGGUUCCACUUGGAGCUGAGAGGUGGCUCGAGAAGUCAGGGCAUCCCUGUGGCUCUGGGUCAGUCCAGGCCAGGCCACUCUCCCGAGCAGCCUCUCUGUGCUCUGUGGACAGGCAGUCUCUGGGGGCCUCUGAAUCAUGCCUGAGCCCCAGCCCAGGGCCUCCCUCCUUGAUGGCUUCCUCACCCCACCUCCUGGUGCCUCCCCAGGCUUUCAGGGGUCCUUGGCCUCCGGUGCUCAGGGGCAGGUGGAGGAAAGGGGGAGAAGCUCAGACCUGCCAGGCCCCGUCUUCCCAAUCCAGUGGGGCAGGGGCCUGUUCACAGCAGCGCGGGUGCAGACCUGGCAGUGGGUGGAGAGGACAGCUGUCAGGGGCUGGGGGGCCAGGACGUGGGGUUGAAGAGCUUCACAUACCAUCACUGCAUACACUGGGAAUUUGGGGGGGCCCAGGGCCACUCCCCCAACGUGAAGGGAAACCAAACUAAAUGUGAACGCUGGCACACUGCUGUCCUGUUGGUGUAGCCAGAUCCCUCUCCCCGGAAACCACUAGCCCCAUGACCCCUAGACCCAAGUAGGCUCGUCUGUGCCAAGCAUCCAGGGAGCUCGGCUGGCCCUGUCCACUCAUGGGUCAUGUCGGUUCCCAGGGGCAGCACGAGAGAGCUGUGGGGCCCGAGGGGAGAGGGGUGGGGAGACCAAUGGGACUUGCCCGAGCAGAAGGCAGGGCACUGGGAAAUGUAUAAUUUAAGGACACCAAUAAUAAUAGUAUUAUUUUUUUUGUAAGGGAAAAUCAAUAUGUACAUUCUGAAAUCAUUUUCUCUGUAAAUGGUUGGAUUUCAUUUCACCCUUAAAGGGAUGCUUAAAAGGAGAAGAUAAUAUUAAUAAUAAAAACAGCUACAAAGUC